AUGCAGGCUGAUCUGAUCGACAGGACGUUCACAUGCACACUCUUCAUGCCCUUUGAAGAAUUCGAGAAGAUCCGCAGGGGUGACGAGGUCAUCCGUUUCUUCCAGAAAUACUUUCCUGACUCUGUACCUCUAAUAGGAGUUGAGGCUCUCAAACAGGAUUUCUUCCGGCUGCCGGCUCAGGCCAUGGUCAAGGGCUUUGAGGAUUGUUUAGUUUUUGAUGAGAUUAUGGACCAGUUUAAUGAAAACCUAGCUGCUGUGCUCGAAGAAUACACCAGAGUCCGUGUACCUGACGAUCACGCCAUAGCUGACCUGUCCAUGUACAACUAUGUAGAGAUGAGAGCACACGUCAAUUCCAGAUAUUUUCUGUUCCGAAAAUACCUGGACAAUAUCCUUCACUUCAUCAUGCCUAAAACAAUCAUCCCGCUUUACACAAUGUUCACAUUCACCAGAACACGGUACCAUGAAACGGUGAAGCACUGGCAUUGGCAAAAUAAGGUGAUCACUCAAGGUCUGUGGCUGUGUGGUGUUGUGUCGGCUGCAGGAGGGACGUAUGUCUUGGUCAGAUACUCUCACAAACUCCCCAGCAUCUCUGCAGAGCACCUGUGGACCCGUAUACUUGCUUUCUGAACUGUGCACAGGACAUGCUAUGUUGUUGUUUUAGUAGCCUUAUCAUGCUAUUGCCUUGCAAAGGACGAACUCCCAAAGAUGUUUCAUGGAUCUGUACUAUACCAAAACUGAAGUCUUGUUCAAUACAAGUUAAGCUCUGCAUUUUGUGGCAUGGUG